UGCGGGGCGACGAAGAAGGCAGGCUACAGCCCCCCUGCCUCGCGGCGUCACUCCCGCGCCGCUCGGCGCGUGUCGGGGUAUCUUCGCUUGCGAGUAAGUGUUUCGCCGGUCGCCCCUUCGCCCGGCUUCAGCCACUACCUGAGGGGGUCGAGCGGCCCGGCGGCUCGGAGACCCAGUGCGCGUCGCGAGAGCUCAGAAGCAGCGGACAGGGAGAGGCCCGUGCGCAGCCCUGGGCGGACGCACCGCUGUUUGGGGGUCCUCAGAGCGCGGCGUAGGAGUCGCUUCAUCAUGAGAAAUCUAAAGUUAUUUCGGAGCUUGGAGUUCAGGGAUAUUCAGGCUCCAAGGAAACCUCAGUGCUUCUCUCUCCGAACUGAACAAGACACAGUGCUCCUUGGCUCAGAACAUGGACUGAUAGAAGUAGACACUGUCACAAGAGAGGUGAAAAAUGACACUCCUUUGGUGGCAGAAGUCUUUCUUCCAGAGGAUGGAAGUGGCUGCACUGUUGGUAUUCAGGAGUUGCUGGAUCACGAGUCUGUGUGUGUGGCCACAGCCUCUGGAGAUGUCCUACUUUGCAAUCUCAACACACACCAGCUGGAAUGUGUCGGGAGUGUAGCCAGUGGUAUCUCUGUCAUGAGUUGGAGUCCUGACCAAGAACUGGUGCUUCUUGCCACAGGUCAACAGACCCUAAUUAUGGUGACAAAAGAGUUUGAACCAAUCAUGGAACAGCAAAUCCACCAGGAUGAUUUUGGUGAAAGCAAGUUCAUCACUGUUGGCUGGGGCAGGAAGGAGACGCAGUUCCAUGGAUCAGAAGGCAGGCAAGCCGCCUUUCAGCUGCAAAUGCACGAGUCUGCUUUGCCCUGGGAUGACCAUAGACCACAAGUUACCUGGCGUGGUGAUGGAGAGUUUUUUGCUAUAGUCGUUUGCCCAGAGACAGGAGCUCGAAAGUUCAGAGUGUGAGGCCGGGAGUUUGCUUUACAGUCAGCCAGUGAGCCUGUGGCAGGAGUGGGACCUGCUCUGGCUCGGAAGCCCUCAGGCAGUUUGAUUGCAUCUAUGCAAGAUAAACCCAAUCAGCAGGAUGUUGUGUUUUUUGAGAAAAAUGGACUUCUCCAUGGACAUUUUACACUUCCUUUCCUCAAAGAUGAGGUUAAGGUUAAUGACCUUCUCUGGAAUGCAGAUUCCACCGUGCUUGCAGUAUGGCUGGAAGACCUUCAGAGGGAAGAAAAUUCCACUCUAAAAACCUAUGUUCAGCUCUGGACUGUUGGAAACUAUCACUGGUAUCUCAAGCAAAGCCUGCCCUUCGGCACCUGUGGGAAGAGCGAGAUUGUGUCCCUGAUGUGGGGCCCAGUGACCCCAUACCGGCUGUAUGUUCUCUGUCAAGGCUGGCAUUACCUCUGCUAUGACUGGCACUGGACGACUGACCGGAGCUCAGGAGAUAAUUUAAGUGACAUGGCAAAUGUGGCUGUUGUUGAUGGAAAUAAGGAGCUGAAAAACAGGAUAUUGGUGACAGUCUUCUGGCAGAGUGUGGUUCCACCUCCCAUGUGCACCUACCGACUGCUGCUCCCACACCCUGUAGCUCAAAUCAUGUUCUCCACACACCCUAAAAAGAGUAACGACCUUGGUGUCCUAAAUGCCAGUAACCAGAUUUUUGUUUAUAAAUGUGGUGAUAGUCCAAGUGUAGACUCUACGGUGAAACUGGGAGCUGUGGGUGGAAAUGGAUUUAACAUUUCUCUUAGAACACUUCAUCAGGACAAGAGAUACACAAUUCAGUUUGAGAAGAGUGAAGAUGAAGAAGUAAACCAACUGAAGCUCAGCCUUCUCACCUGGGUUCAGGAAGACGUUUUCCUGGCUAUGAGCCACAGUCAGUCCACCCCAAGGUCUGUCAUUCACCAUCUGACUGUGGCCCCUUCUGAGAUGGAUAACAAGCAGGGACAGCUCAAUAUUAGUUCAUCUGUGACAGUGGAUGGGGUCAUAAUCCGUCUGUGCUGCAACUCCAAGACCAAGUCAGUAGCACUGCAGGUGGCUGGUGGUCAGAUAAUUAAGUACCUUUGGGAAUCACCCUCUCUGGCUGUUGAACCAUGGAAGAACCCUGGUGAAUUUCUUGUUCGAUUUCUUUAUCUGUGCGCACAGACCGAAUUGGCCAUGAUUGGAGGAGAGGAAUGUGUCCUUGGCCUGACUGACAGAUGUCGCUUUUUCAUCAGUGACACUGAGGUUGCUUCAAAUAUCACAUCAUUUGCAGUAUAUGGUGAGUUUUUAUUGUUAACGACUCAUUCCCAUACUUAACACUGUUUUUGCCUGAGAGAUGCUUCAUUGAAAACUACCCAAUCCUCCCUAGUGGCUUGUCCUGUGUCUAAUGGGGAAUCUCUGCGGAAGGUGGAGAGGGGUUCAUGCAUUGUCACUGUUGUGCCCCAGGACACAAAGCUUAUAUUACAGAUGCCAAGGGGAAACUUAGAAGUUAUUCAUCAUCGAGCCCUGAUUUUAGCUCAAAUUCAGAAGUGGUUGGGCAACUGUGUGGAUGAAAGGAUCUUGGUGCUGAAACCAGGAGUCAGUGCUGUGCCUCUGAGGUGGGGGAGCCAACUUCAGGACACUGGUCCACAAGAGACCUCCCAGCUCCACAUAAUAUCAAAUGGCAAAAAUCUCCCAGAGAUCUACAUCUAAACACCAGCACCCAGCUUCACUCAAUGACCAGCAAGCUACAGUGCUGGACAUCCUACGCCAAACAACUAGCAAGACAGGAACACAACCCCACCCAUUACCAGAGAGGCUGCCUAAAAUCAUCAUAAUUCCACAGACACCCUAAAACACACCACCAGACGUGGAACUACCCACCAGAAAGACAAGAUCCAGCCUCAUCUGCCAGCACACAGUCACUAAUCCCCUCCAUCAGGAAGCCUACACAGCCCACUGAACCAACCUUACCCACUGGAGACAGACACCAAAAGCAAAGGGAACUACGAACCUGCAGCCUGCAAAAAGGAGACCCCAAACACAGUAAGAUAAGAAAAAUGAGAAGGCAGAAAAACACACAGCAGAUGAAGGAGCAAGAUAAAAGCCCAUCAGACCUAACAAAUGAAGAGGAAAUAGGCAGUCUACCUGAAAAAGAAUUCAGAAUAAUCAUAGUAAAGAUGACACAAAACCUUGGAAUAGAAUAGACAAAAUGCAAGAAACAUUUAACAAGGACGUAGAAGAACUAAAGAUGAAGCAAACAACGAUGAACAACACAAUAAAUGAAAUUAAAAGUACUCUAGAUGGGAUCAAUAGCAGAAUAACUGAGACAGAAGAAUGGAUAAGUGACCUGGAAUAUAAAAUAGUGGAAAUAACUACUGCACAGCAGAAAAAAAAAAAGAAUGAAAAGAAUGGAGGACAGUCUCAGAGACCUCUGGGACAACGUUAAACGCACCAACAUUCGAAUUAUAGGGGUUCAAGAAGAAGAAGAGGAAAACAAAGGUACUGAGAAAAUAUUUGAAGAGAUUAUAGUUGAAAACUUCCCUAAUAUGGGAAAGGAAAUAGUUAAUCAAGUCCAGGAAGCACAGACAGUCCCAUACAGGAUAAAUCCAAGGAGAAAUACGCCAAGACACAUACUAAUCAAACUGUCAAAAAUUAAAUACAAAUAAAACAUAUUAAAAGCAGCAAGGGAAAAACAACGAAAAACACACAAGGAAAUCCCCGUAAGGUUAACAGCUGAUCUUUCAGCAGAAACUCUGCAAGCCAGAAGGGACUGGCAGGACAUAUUUAACGCGAUGAAGGAGAAAAACCUGCAACCAAGAAUACUCUAGCCAGCAAGGAUCUCAUUCAGAUUUGAUAGAGAAAUUAAAAUCUUUACAGACAAGCAAAUGCUGAGAGAGUUCAGCACCACAAAAUCAGCUCUGCAACAACUGCUAAAGGAACUACUCUAGGCAAGAAACACAAGACAAGGAAAAUACCUACAAUAACGAACCCAAAACAAUUAAGACAAUAGGAAUAGGAACAUACAUAUCGAUAAUUACCUUAAAUGUAAAUGGACUAAAUGCUCCCACCAAAAGACACAGAUUGGCUGGAUGGAUACAGAAACAAGACCAUGUAUUUGCUGUCUACAAGAGACCCACUUCAGACCUAGAGACACAUGCAGACUGAAAUUAAGGGGAUGGAAAAAGAUAUUUCAUGCAAAUGCAAACCAAAAGUAGUAGCAAAUCUCAUAUCAGACAAAAUAGACUUAAAAAUAGAGACUAUUAGAAGAGACAAAGAAGGACACUACAUAAUGAUCAAGGGAUCGAUCCAAGAAGAAGAUAUAACAAUUGUAAAUAUUUAUGCACCAAACAUAGGAGCACCUCCAUACAUAAGGCAGAUACAAACAGCCAUAAAAGGGGAAAUCGACAGUAACACAUUCAUAGUAGGGGACUUUAACACCCCAUUUUCACCCAUGGACAGAUCAUCCAAAAUGAAAAUAAAUAAGGAAACACAAACUUUAAAUGAUACAUUAAACAAGAUGGACUUAAUUGAUAUUUAUAGGACAUUCCAUCCAAAAACAACAGAUACACAUUUUUCUCAAGUGCUCAUGGAACAUUCUCCAGGAUAGAUCAUAUCUUGGGUCACAAAUCAACCCUUGGUAAAUCUAAGAAAAUUGAAAUUAUAUCAAGUAUCUCUUCCGACAACAACACUAUGAGACUAGAUAUCAAUUACAGGAAAAGAUCUGUAAAAAAAAAAUACAUGCACAUGGAGGCUAAACAAUACACUACUUAAUAACGAAGUGAUCACUGAAGAAAUCAAAGAGGAAAUCAAAAAAUACAUAGAAACACAUGACAAUGGAGACAUGACGACCCAAAAUCUAUGUGAUGCAGCCAAAGCAGUUCUAUGAGGGAAGUUUAUAGCAAUACAAUCCUACCUUAAGAAACAGGAAACAUCUCGAAUAAACAGCCUAACAUUGCACCUAAAGCAAUUAGAGAAAGAAGAACAAGAAAACCCCAAGUUAGCAGAAGGAAAGAGAUCAUAAAAAUCAGAUCAGAAAUAAAUGAAAAAGAAAUGAAGCAAACGAUAGCAAAGAUCAAUAAAACUAAAAGCUGGUUCUCUGAGAAGAUAAACAAACUUGAUAAACCAUUAGCCAGACUCAACAAGAGAAAAAGGGAGAAGACUCAAAUCAAUAGAAUUAGAAAUGAAAAAGGAGAAGUAACAACGGACACUGCAGAAAUACAAAGAAUCAUGAGAGAUUACUACAAGCAAAUCUAUGCGAAUAAAAUGGACAACCUGGAAGAAAUGGACGAAUUCUUAGAAAUGCACAACCUGCCAAGACUGAAUCAGGAAGACAUAGAAAAUAUGAACAGACCAAUCAAAAGCACUGAAAUUGAAAUUGUGAUUAAAAAUCUUCCAACAAACAAAAGCCCAGGACCAGAUGUCUUCACAGGUGAAUUCUAUAAAACAUUUAGAGAAGAGCUAACACCUAUCCUUCUCAAACUCUUCCAAAUAUAGCAGAGGGAGGAACACUCCCAAACUCAUUCUACGAGGCCAACAUAACCCUGAUACCAAAACCAGACAAGGAUGUCACAAAGAAAGAAAGCUACAGAACAAUAUCACUGAUGAACAUAGAUGCAAAAAUUCUCAACAAAAUACUAGCAAACAGAAUCCAACAACACAUUAAAUGGAUCAUACACCAUGAUCAAGUGGGGUUUAUUCCAGGAAUGCAAGGAUUCUUCAGUAUAUGCAAAUCAAUCAACAUGAUACACCAUAUUAACAAAUUGAAGGAGGAACCAUAUGAUCAUCUCAAUAGAUGCAGAGAAAACUUUCGACAAAAUUCAACACCCAUUCUUGAUAAAAACCCUCCAGAAAGUAGGCAUAGAGGGAACUUUCCUCAACAUAA